CAACGAUACAGAUAUCUCUCAGCUUGACUAAAAAUGCCUUCAGCCAUUGUCACUGGUGCCACCGGUAUCACCGGUAGUGCAAUUGUCCACCACCUCAUCAAGGACGGUUCCUACGACAAAAUAUACUCAUUUUCUCGAAGAAACCCCGGAUACGAGCAUCCAAAGAUCCAGCAUGUCUCCCUGGACCUUCAAGGCUCCGCUGAGGAAAUGGCAAAAAGCCUGAAAGGUAUCUCAGCCGAGUACAUCUACUUCUGCGCCUACUUGGCCCGCGACGAUCCCGACGAGUUGUCUCGUGUGAAUGCAGUGCUUCUCACCAAUUUCAUCCAGGCCCUCAAUAUCUCAGGGGCAAACAAGAGCAUCAAACGGUUUAUUCUAACCUGCGGAUUCAAGCAAUACGGUGUCCAUAUCGGACAGGCCAAGCAGCCAUUCCUGGAAGACGACCCUCUUCCUGAAAACAACGCCGGCGGCGUCUCUUGGCCCACUAUCUUCUACUAUGAGCAACAGCGUAUUCUCGCCGAUGCCGCCGCCAAAGACAACUGGGAGUGGGUAGCCACCCUUCCCGAAGACGUGCUCGGGUACGCACGCGGAAACUUCAUGAACGAAGCAACGUCUAUCGGUCUUUACUGUGCCGUCAGUAAAGCUCUUCCCGGCUCCGAACUGCCCUAUCCCGGUAGUAAGGCGAAUUAUUUCACCUUUAACUGCUGGACGUCGGCGAACCUGCACGCGAAGUUCUGUCUCUGGGCCGCAACGGCCCCUAAAGCCGGGAACAAUAUCUUUAACGUGAUGAACGGCGACACCGAGUCUUUCCAGAAUUUCUGGCCGCGUCUGGCUGCCCGGUUUGGCUGCAAGAUCCCUGAUCCCAUGUUCCCUAACGGCGGGGUGCCCGAUAGCAAGGGGUUCAAGAACUACGAGGCCUCGACGAUCCGCCUGCCCAACAAGCCUCCUUUGAAGGUCCAGGGAUCGUCACUGGGUAUCUCCUCUGACAAGGAGGUAGAAAAUCCCCCAGUCCUGUUUCUUCAGGUCAAUCCUAUCAAAUGGGCCCAGCGAAAGGACGUGAAUGAGGCGUGGGCGAAGCUGCGAGAUAGAUACCAUCUGGAUCAAGACGCAUGGGACAAGGCUACGUGGGACUUCUUAGUGAUGACGAUGGGUCGGGAUUGGAGUUGUGUCGCCAGCAUGAGCAAGGCGAGGAAGCUGGGGUGGACUGGGUAUGCCGAUACCUGGGACGAGCUGGAAGAGACCUUCCAGAUCCUGGAAAAAGAGGGGGUUUUGCCGCCUGUUGAUCAACUCAAGCGGGAUUUUUAGUGUAGUCUAAAAUUGUGUGGCUCU